AGCACUGAAGACACCUGAGGGGCGACAGCGGCCAAGAUGAAGCAUUUUUUGAGAGUGGUGACCCAGUUCUUCGUGUUCCUCUACUGUAAAUGUCUGUGGCGGGGCCUGAAGUUUGUUGUCAGGAAGUUUACGGGACGCUGCGAGCUGCAGCGAAUCUGCUACAACAACAAGCACGGAGCCCGCAGGACCCUCAAGAUAGAGUCGUCUCUGAGGUAUUCAAAGAAUGAGCUGCUGCAGUCUGCCCUCAGUGUCCAUCCUGAUAAAGUGGAGAAAACCAUUGACGACAUCAUAGCCUUGAAGAAGAUAAACCCUGACAUCAACCCACAGCUGAGCAUCUCUCUGCAGGCCAGCCUGCUGCAGAUUGUGGGCUACAGAAGCCUGGUGGCGGAGGUGGAGAAGCUGCGCAGGGAGCCUUAUGACUGUGAAAACCCUGAGCAUGAGGACAUGCUGAUGAAGCUAUGGAAGGAGCUGCGUCCCGACACGCCUCUCACUGGUCGCAUCUCUAAACAGUGGUGUGAGAUUGGUUUCCAAGGCAGCGAUCCCAAGACUGAUUUCAGAGGCAUGGGCCUGCUGGGCCUGCACAACCUGCUGUAUUUUGCGGAACACGACAAGGCUACUGCUCUGCAGAUGCUGCACGACUCCCUGCAACCAAAGCACAAGAGUACACACAGAAAUCAAAGUGAGGCAAACAAGCCUGAGUGGGAACAGAAGAACCUCGACAAAGCUAUUGGCUAUUCUUUUGCCAUUGUGGGCAUCAACAUCACAGACCUGGCCUACUCUCUGCUGGUGAGUGGAGCUCUGAAGACCCACCUGUACAACGUGGCCCCAGAGAUGCCCGGCCUGCUGCACUUCCAGCAGACCUUCUGUUACCUGAUGCAGGAAUUUCACCGUUUCUGGAUCGAGGAGGAUCCCAGCGACAUCAUGGAGUUCAACCGGGUCCGCUCCAAGUUCCACCGGAGGAUCCUGCGACAGCUGAAGAAUCCAGACAUGGCUCUGUGCCCCCACUUCUCCGCCUCCGACCUCCACCUGGUCAACCUCUAAACAUCCACCCCCAACCCCCCACCCUCACUGAGUCCUGAUAUCCCCUCAGAGAUCUCCCCUGGAUGUCUGGUAGGCCAACUAGAAAUCAGAAAUCAGAAAGCCCUUUACACUCACACAGAUGGUUCCUGAAACUGCAUCAUUCAUCUGGGGAGACUCUCCUCCCUCUCUGCUCUGCCCAUCUCGUCCCAGCUAACGUCAUGUCACGUCACUGCCAACAGCUCACUCAGUCACUACAUACACACAAACACACACACACACACACUGCCUCUACGCCCUCACUGCAGCGUCAGACCACCAGCAUCAGAGAUGACCAUAGCGAUUGUAGCUGUGCAUGAGGAGGCUGCACCACACCGUCACCAACUCAUUGUUAUCCGUUGCUUUAAUGAUUCAUGACGAUUGUAUCACAGCCGUUACACCUCAGUUAUGUACCCUUUUGCUUAUUCUAAAUACAAACCAAAAUUACUUUCUUAGCCAAAAAAAAACAAAUCCAUUUUAGAAAGCAUUAGCUGAUUAAGCUAUCAGACAUGAGGUUAAAUGUGUCAGCAACACUUUUGUAUUAAAAAUGAAGAGCUGUAAGGGAUCUAUCACGUCAAAGAGUAAAAGAAAUGUAGCUGGCGCUGCUUCAAUCAAAAGCUAUCAAACCAUUUAGAGCCAGUUCAUCUCUCAGCUCUGUCUGUAUUCGAUAGUUGCUCUAGAUUGUACUUUUCAUGUCUGCGUGACAUGAACACUCAAGACUUCUCCUUGCCAAAAUACUGAAUGUGGAGAGCUUCUACAAUCGCCACAGCAGUUUGUUUCUUGUGCUCAAAAGUUUUGUAAACCUGCAAAAUGAUGUUCAGAAAUAUUUAUAGCAUUACGGUGCAAAUGUCCCAAUUGAUAUUUUGCUGUUUUUUUUAAUUUCUACAUGUGUGUUUACAUUCAGAAAAAUAAU